AUGUCGCGGAGAUACGAUUCAAGAACAACCAUAUUCUCGCCUGAGGGCCGAUUGUAUCAGGUUGAAUACGCCCUUGAAGCCAUCUCGCACGCCGGCACAGCUCUAGGAAUUCUAGCUCAGGAUGGAAUCGUCCUUGCCGCCGAGCGAAAAGUCACAAGCAAGUUGCUGGAACAGGAUACAUCGGCUGAGAAGCUGUACAUUUUGAACGAGUGA